UUCCUGUCUGGUCAGAGUCAAAGAUGGCGAACGUGUCGCUGGAGUACGCGGCGUCCGCCGGAGACUCGGAGCCGCAGAGUCGCUCUGUGCUCAUCAUCGGGCAGCAGACCAACCUGCAGAGAGUCGGAUGGAGCCAAAUCAAAGGAAAACUGCAGCCGGUGGUUACCAAAGAGAUCUGGCAGGCAGCUCUCAGCGCUUUGAAUCCAAACCCCACGGACAGCUGCCCCCUGUACCUCAACCAGGCCGUGGUGGCUGCUCUUCCUCCACGGGUCAGCAGGCACAACAGCCAGUCUUCUGCCCACUUUGUGUCGCGUCUGGUCCGUUCCUGCCUUCCUGGAGGGAACAACCGCUGCAUUGUGAUGGUCUGUGAGCGUUCAGAAGUGUUUCCGUCCUCAUGUGCCAUCGCCAGGGCUUUUCCCAUCUUCUCUCGCCGCUCCACGUCUUCACGCAGGGCGGAGAAGAAACGCGUCACCGUGGAGGUUGUGGUUGUCGGACAGGAGAGCGGUUCUCUUAGUGUUGCAGAACUUGAGUGCCUUUCCAACGCUGCUCACGGAGUGCGGAUGGCAGCUCGGAUUGUGGACACGCCUUGCAAUGAGAUGAAUACAGAUCACUUCCUCGACGAGAUCAAAGCUGUGGGAGCUGAACUUGGAAUAACUCCAGUGAUCAUUCGUGGGGAGGAACUGAAACAAAAAGGAUUUGGAGGUAUUUAUGGAGUUGGCAAGGCGGCAGAGCAUCCUCCAGCAUUAGCAGUGCUGAGCCACAAACCAGAUGGUGCUACCCAAACCAUUGCGUGGGUGGGCAAGGGCAUCGUGUAUGACACCGGAGGACUCAGCAUCAAGGGGAAGACCACAAUGCCAGGGAUGAAGAGAGACUGUGGUGGAGCCGCUGCCAUUUUGGGAGCUUUCAGUGCUACUAUUAAACAGGGCUUUAAGGAUAACCUCCAUGCAGUGUUUUGCCUAGCAGAGAAUUCAGUUGGACCCACAGCCACACGACCCGAUGAUAUCCACACCCUCUACUCUGGAAAGACCGUGGAGAUCAAUAACACCGAUGCCGAGGGCAGGCUGGUUCUGGCUGAUGGAGUGGUGUACGCCAGCAGAGACCUGUCAGCUGACAUUAUUCUGGACAUGGCCACACUCACAGGGGCUCAGGGCAUCUCCACAGGGAAGUACCACGCAGCAGUGAUGACAAACAACGAGCAGUGGGAGGUUGCAUGUGUGCGCGCCGGUCGCAGCAGCGGAGAUCUCGCGCAUCCUCUGGUCUACUGCCCCGAGCUGCACUUCAGCGAGUUCACCUCCGCCAUGGCCGACAUGAAGAACUCUGUGGCAGACCGGGAGAACGCCCAGAGCUCCUGUGCCGGCCUCUUUAUUGGUUCCCACUUGGGCUUUGAUUGGCCGGGUGUAUGGGUCCAUGUUGACAUCGCCUCUCCUGUCCAUGCGGGAGAGCGGGCCACGGGAUUUGGCGUUGCGUUGCUAAUGGCCCUGUUUGGUCAGGCAUCGGAGGACUCCAUGCUGAACCAAGUGUCUCCUCUGAGCGCAGCCACCAAUACGCCGGGGGACCAGAUGGAGCGUGACUGCAAGAGACGAAGACUGGUGUAGAGCAGAGAGCGGCCCUCACUGCUCCGCUGCCAGACUGGUGGAGAAAAGUGCUCAUCCAGUUAGUACAAGCAUUUUAAACUGUGAUCCAACUACCUGUGUUUGAUAAAUCUCACUGAAUAAAUCAGUCACUCAUGAGACAACGUGUGUUGAAUACCGUAUACAAGCAAAUGUUGGCCCUCCUUUUGUACUUGUGACUUGCUGCACCGAUGAACUUCAAGCCUUCUCCAUUUUCACGCUGCCUAUAUAGAUUUUGUGAUCUUGGGACCAAACUAACAUGUAAGUGCUUACUGCAUCACUGUUGCAGAGUAAUUGACGAGCAAUACCACAUGUGCUUUGUCAUCACAAAAUACACCAAACCUUGUGACAGUCAUAAGUUGAGGGCUUCACCCUUUUAGACCAAAAAAUAGACACUUGGUCUCUGCUUUAAAUUAAACUGAUUCAGAAAUCUUUAUUGUAGGUCUCAGGAUUGUGAUUUUUACUCUCUGGGUUUACAGCGGAGUACAAAUACUUUGUUACCCAGAAUUUCUACUUGAGUAAGGUAUCUAUAGUUUACAGAAAUAUUUGUUUUUCAGACGCCGUUUGACUUACAUUCUCACGCAAAUAUCUAAUUUCUCCUUGCAUUAAAAAAAAUAGCCUCGUUACUCUAAUUCUACUAAUUUUGGCUUGUCAUCGUUCAAAAACACAAAUCUAUCCAGAUAAAUUGCGCUAUCCGGAUAGAGUGAGUUUGAUUGUGGUUGGAUGAGAAGUAUAAACAUGUUCCAUUCAGACACCCUAUUGGUUUUCUCCUCGAUGCCUUUGCAGAUGACGCAAAUCAGAGUGACGCGGAGUGCGAAAAGCGGUCGGAGACUUUGUCAGAACCGCACAAGCCGAUCUCAGUUGGGUAUUUAGCGACAUGAACCCGCCUCCUUCUCCUCAUGCAAGUUCUAUAUAACGUUAAAUGAGUAUCUUCUUUACCAUAAAUGUUCUUUUCUAGCGUCCCCCGACAAAUAUCAGUUAGCCGUCACUGGAAAA